AUGGCAUCUCGUCCUCCGCCUUCGCAUCGCGCCACUGCACCGAUGCCAGGACUUGCAAACAUUACCUUCAAUACCAGAAUCCGUCAACAGGCUGCAGCGCCGGAAUUCGUUGUCGAAGGGCACUGCCAUUUAAUAAUCGUCUUGGCAAUUUUGUGUCUGACAUCCGUAAUAGGGUUGAGAGUUGGGCCAAAAGUCCAACGAACAUCCAAAGUGUCACAGAAACUCGUGGAAUUGCCACUGGAGCCCCAGACCGGCCCACUGACCGACGUUCCCCAUCACAGAAGCGAAGCCGAGCGCAUGAGUACAGAAGAAAGGGAGCAACAGGGUUAUCCUCGUCUAACGGCAUACUGUAUCGCAGAGGGUUUCCGUUCAAAGGCCCUCGCAGCGUUCCUCAAACGCGAACAUGGCGUUAGUCCCCGUGUAUUCGAUGAGGCGAUUUAUGCGGCUUACCACCUUCCUCUCCUCCCUGGUUACGCCCCAAACGUCAACGUACGGUCCUCCGCUCCAUCCAAGUCCCCUGGGACCAGAAAUAUUCUCUUUGGGAUGUCGCAGGCCGAAGAAUACGGCUAUGAUGGCUCGUACUUUACCACCCCUCCGUCCCCAAUUAACGCGGGAUUCGUCCACCAAGACGGCUAUAUUUCAUCUUCUCCGAAUCGGGACAGAGACUAUUUGGACAGUGACACUGAUGCAGAGCAAGACUCAGCCUCGACGGAGCCAGAAUCAUCUCCUGCCGUUGUAGCCCGUGUUCCUGGGAUCCCGUCAGAAGCGAGAAGUAGGAAGGACAAGGCAACUCUCAACCUCGAACAGAGCAUCGGGGAAGUAGUUAUAUUCGAUUACGGAGUCGCAGUAUUCCUUGGCUUCCACGAGCAACAGGAGCAUGAAAUCUUAGAGGAUGUGCGACAGGCGGAAUUAUGUAUUCGUUUGCGGCCAGAGGUCGAUUGGGAGAUCGAGCAACACCAUUACAUGUACGAUGCAGCCGUGCAAUAUCCCCGAAUCUAUAACGACUUCUUCACCUUUAAAACCCCUUCUCACCUUCUCACCCUUUCUUUGGCACACGCUCUGGCCCAAUCCACGCUUCUGGCUCAUUAUGAGACAACAGCCCAAACCGUGUUGCUGGAUCCUCAGACAGUGGCGAUACCUCGUCGACUUGCGACCACAGGAUCGCUGCAACUGCGAAGGGCUGAUGCCCUAAAGUUGACAGGAAAAUUAUUCAGGCUGAGAAGAGAUGUGAAUUUAGUAUCCAAUGUCCUCGACACUCCGGAAUUGUUUUGGAGCGAGGCUAGCUUGAAGGACCUUUAUGAUGCCUGUCGGGACUACUUUGAAAUUACUUCAAGAGCGCAAGUGCUAAACGAUCGCUUGGCCGUUGCUUCGGAUCUGCUGGAUUUGAUCCACGAACACCUUAACACCGGUGCAAUGGACAAGAUCACUUGGAUCAUCAUAUGGUCAGUGACUACCUUUAUUCCAGGUGGAGACUUAUCGCUACCCAUAUAG